CUCCCUGGGUCCCCGAGGCGCCUGGCCGCUAGCUCCGCCUCCGCCAGUCUGCGGGGCUGCGUGGUGUGCGGCGUGGAGCGGGCGCCGGGCGCUGGGUGCUGGGCGCUGGGCGCUGGGUGUUGGUGAUCGGCCCGCCGCCGGGCGAGGCCUGAGCCACCAUGGCCGAGAUGGGCAGCAAAGGGGUGACGGCGGGGAAGAUCGCCAGCAACGUGCAGAAGAAGCUCACUCGAGCUCAGGAAAAGGUGCUCCAAAAGCUGGGGAAGGCGGACGAGACAAAGGAUGAGCAGUUUGAACAGUGUGUUCAGAAUUUCAACAAGCAGCUGACCGAGGGCACCCGGCUGCAGAAGGACCUUCGCACCUACCUGGCCUCAGUCAAAGCCAUGCACGAGGCCUCCAAGAAGCUGAAUGAGUGUCUGCAGGAGGUGUAUGAGCCUGACUGGCCCGGCAGGGAUGAGGCCAACAAGAUAGCCGAGAACAAUGACUUGCUCUGGCUGGACUAUCACCAGAAGCUGGUGGACCAGGCGCUCCUGACCAUGGAUACGUACCUGGGCCAGUUCCCUGACAUCAAGUCACGCAUUGCCAAGCGAGGGAGGAAGCUGGUGGACUAUGACAGCGCCCGGCACCAUUAUGAGUCCCUCCAAACGGCCAAGAAGAAGGAUGAAGUCAAAAUUGCCAAGCCUGUCUCGCUGCUUGAGAAAGCCGCCCCCCAGUGGUGUCAAGGCAAACUGCAGGCUCAUCUCGUAGCUCAAACUAACCUGCUGCGAAAUCAGGCUGAGGAGGAGCUGGUCAAAGCCCAGAAGGUGUUUGAGGAGAUGAAUGUGGACCUGCAGGAGGAGCUGCCAUCCUUGUGGAACAGCCGGGUGGGCUUCUACGUGAACACGUUUCAGAGUAUCGCGGGCUUGGAAGAGAACUUCCACAAGGAGAUGAGUAAGCUCAACCAGAACCUGAACGAUGUACUGGUCAGUCUGGAGAAGCAGCAUGGCAGCAACACCUUCACUGUUAAGGCCCAGCCCAGAAAGAAAACUAAACUGUUCUCCCGACUGCGCAGAAAGAAGAACAGGUACCAGUACGACAACGCUCCUGCAAAAGGGAAUAGCCCCUCACCUCCGCCCCAUGGCUCCCCUGCCGCCACCCCAGAGAUCAGAGUCAACCACGAGCCCGAGCCACCUGCCGCCGGGGCCGCCCUCCCCAAGUCCCCGUCUCAGCUUCGGAAAGGCCCACCAGUCCCUCCGCCUCCCAAACACACCCCGUCCAAGGAGAUCAAGCAAGAGCAGAUCCUCAGCCUGUUUGAUGACACGUUUGUCCCCGAGAUCAGCGUGACCACCCCUUCCCAGUUUGAGGCUCCAGGGCCAUUCUCGGAGCAGGCCAGCCUGCUGGACCUGGACUUUGACCCCCUCCCACCUGUGGCCAGCCCCGUGAAGGUGCCCACACCCUCUGGUCAGUCAAUCCCAUGGGAUCUCUGGGAGUCCACAGAGAGUCCAGCUGGCAGUCUGCCAUCCGGGGAGCCCAGUGCUGCCGAGGGUACCUUUGCUGUGGCCUGGCCCAACCAGAUGGCCGAGCUGGGUCCUGCCCAACCCACAGAGGCCUCGGAGGCGGCUGGUGGGACCCAACCUGCGGCUGGAGCCCAGGAGCCCGUGGAGACAGCUGCCGGCGAAGCCGCCUCUAGCUCUCUUCCUGCGGUGGUGGUGGAGACAUUCUCUGCGACUGUGAAUGGCACCGUGGAGGCCAGUGGCAGGGCUGGGCGCUUGGACCUGCCCCCAGGGUUCAUGUUUAAGGUGCAGGCCCAGCAUGACUAUACAGCAACAGAUACAGAUGAGCUGCAGCUCAAGGCUGGGGAUGUGGUGCUGGUGAUCCCCUUCCAGAACCCAGAAGAGCAGGAUGAAGGCUGGCUCAUGGGUGUGAAGGAGAGUGACUGGAACCAGCACAUGGAGCUGGAGAAGUGCCGGGGCGUCUUCCCUGAGAACUUCACGGAGCGGGUUCAGUGAGGGCAACCCUCCCAACACAUUGAAGAAUGCCUUGUCCUGAAAAAUGUGUGUUUCUUUCCCCCCUUUUUUUGUUCUUUCUCUCUGUUUUGUUGUUUUGAAACUUUUGAGAAGCAAGUGAAGUUGAGAGGAGAGAUCUAACAGCUCUGAGGUGUUCUCUCAGAAGAUUAGGUGAUUUUUUUUUUUUUUAAAGAGCCUGGUUCUGGCAGGAGUGGUGGAAUCCAGUCGCCAGAGUUCCUGAAGCUGCUGUGUCCCUUAGUUGAGUUCCUGGCUGCCCUGCCCUGCCCGUGCCCAACAGGUGCCCACCAGGGCCCGCCACAUGUGUGCCGGCCACAGGGCGGGUCCCGGGGCUGCACUUGCCUGAAGCUUCGGCCACAUCCUCCAGGCGAAGGCUCUCUUUGUGGCAACUGCUGUGGGUGGGGUCUGGUCUCCUCAGAGACCUCAGGACCCUCACACCAGCCUGGCCUGGCCCUGCCCCGCAGACCAUCUGUGUGCUGUUUGAAAAUAAAUCUUAGUGUUCUGAACAAAAUGAAACCAACAAGAAUUGACAAAAACA